CGGGCUGCCUGCGGGCGGCUGCGAGCGGAGAGCCCAGGGCAGCAGCAGCGUCCAUGGAGCAAAAGGAAUGUCAGGGCCCUGUGCAUCCAGACAGGGACCAGCCUCAGCACCAACAGCCAACACAAAGAUAGCAGAGUCAUCUCAGGGUUAAACCAUGAUUCCGGUGACAGAGCUCCGCUACUUUGCGGACACACAGCCAGCAUACCGGAUCCUGAAGCCUUGGUGGGAUGUGUUCACUGAUUACAUCUCCAUCGUCAUGCUGAUGAUUGCUGUCUUUGGAGGGACGCUGCAAGUCACCCAGGACAAGAUGAUCUGCCUACCUUGUAAGUGGGUCACCAAAGACUCCUGCAACGACUCCUUCCGGGGCUGGGCAGCCUCCAGCCCAGAGCCCACUUACCCCAACUCCACAGUCCUGCCGACGCCUGACACAGGCCCCACAGGUAUCAAGUAUGACCUAGAUCGACACCAGUACAACUACGUGGAUGCGGUGUGCUACGAGAACCGCCUGCAUUGGUUUGCCAAGUACUUCCCCUACCUCGUGCUUCUGCACACCCUCAUCUUCCUGGCCUGUAGCAACUUCUGGUUCAAGUUUCCACGCACCAGUUCGAAGCUGGAACACUUUGUGUCUAUCCUGCUCAAGUGCUUCGACUCACCGUGGACCACACGGGCCCUGUCGGAGACAGUGGUGGAGGAGAGUGACCCCAAGCCAGCCUUCAGCAAGAUGAACGGGUCCAUGGACAAGAAGUCAUCUACAGUCAGCGAGGAUGUGGAGGCCACCGUGCCCAUGCUGCAGCGGACCAAGUCACGGAUUGAGCAGGGCAUCGUGGACCGAUCGGAGACGGGCGUACUGGACAAGAAGGAAGGGGAGCAGGCGAAGGCCCUGUUUGAGAAGGUGAAGAAGUUCCGGACUCACGUGGAGGAGGGGGACAUUGUGUACCGCCUGUACAUGCGGCAGACCAUCAUCAAGGUGAUCAAGUUCGCCCUCAUCAUCUGCUACACCGUCUACUAUGUGCACAACAUCAAGUUCGACGUGGACUGCACCGUGGACAUCGAGAGCCUGACAGGCUACCGCACCUACCGCUGUGCCCACCCCCUGGCCACGCUCUUCAAGAUCUUGGCAUCCUUCUACAUCAGCUUGGUCAUCUUCUAUGGCCUCAUCUGCAUGUACACACUGUGGUGGAUGCUGCGGCGCUCCCUCAAGAAGUACUCGUUCGAGUCGAUCCGAGAGGAGAGCAGCUACAGUGACAUCCCCGACGUCAAGAACGACUUUGCCUUCAUGUUGCACCUCAUCGACCAGUAUGACCCUCUCUACUCAAAGCGCUUCGCCGUCUUCCUGUCUGAGGUGAGUGAAAACAAGCUGCGCCAGCUGAACCUCAACAACGAGUGGACGCUGGACAAGCUGCGCCAGCGCCUCACCAAGAACGCCCAGGACAAGCUGGAGCUGCACCUGUUCAUGCUCAGCGGCAUCCCGGACACUGUGUUUGACCUGGUUGAGCUCGAGGUCCUGAAGCUGGAGCUGAUACCCGACGUGACCAUCCCGCCCAGCAUCGCCCAGCUCACAGGCCUCAAGGAGCUGUGGCUGUACCACACGGCAGCCAAGAUCGAGGCUCCUGCCCUGGCCUUCCUGCGGGAGAACCUGCGGGCCCUGCACAUCAAGUUCACGGACAUCAAGGAGAUCCCGCUGUGGAUCUACAGCCUGAAGACGCUGGAGGAGCUGCACCUGACGGGCAACCUGAGUGCAGAGAACAACCGCUACAUCGUCAUUGACGGGCUGCGGGAGCUCAAACGCCUCAAGGUGCUGCGACUCAAGAGCAACCUGAGCAAGCUGCCGCAGGUGGUCACGGAUGUGGGCGUGCACCUGCAGAAGCUGUCCAUCAACAAUGAGGGCACCAAGCUCAUUGUCCUCAACAGCCUCAAGAAGAUGGUUAACCUGACGGAGCUAGAGCUGAUCCGCUGUGACCUGGAGCGCAUCCCUCACUCCAUCUUUAGCCUCCACAACCUGCAGGAGAUUGACCUGAAGGACAACAACCUCAAGACCAUUGAGGAGAUCAUCAGCUUCCAGCACCUGCACCGCCUCACCUGCCUUAAGCUGUGGUACAACCACAUUGCCUACAUCCCCAUCCAGAUCGGCAACCUCACCAACCUCGAGCGCCUCUACCUGAACCGCAACAAAAUCGAGAAAAUCCCCACCCAGCUCUUCUACUGCCGCAAGCUGCGCUACCUGGACCUCAGCCACAACAACCUGACCUUCCUCCCCGCCGACAUUGGCCUCCUGCAGAACCUCCAGAACCUGGCCGUCACAGCCAAUAGGAUUGAAGCGCUCCCCCCAGAGCUCUUCCAGUGUCGGAAGCUACGGGCUCUACACCUGGGCAACAAUGUACUGCAGUCGCUGCCCUCGAGAGUGGGCGAGCUGACCAACCUGACGCAGAUCGAGCUUCGGGGCAACCGGCUGGAAUGCCUGCCCGUGGAGCUGGGAGAGUGCCCCCUACUCAAGCGCAGCGGCCUGGUGGUGGAAGAGGACUUGUUCAGCACACUGCCACCUGAGGUGAAGGAGCGGCUCUGGAGAGCUGACAAGGAGCAGGCCUGAGCACAGCCUGGAGCAGCAGCAACGAGCCUCCGCACACCCUCAGGCCAGAUGGGCAGCCCAGCUCUCCCAGGACUGCGACAGCCAGCUGGGUCCAGCCAGACCAGAAAGCAGGGACUGAGGGGCUGGUCCCUUUCCUCCCGCUGGGACAUGGACACCCAGGACAGGCACUUGCUGGAGACCAGAACCUCUGAGACUAGUCUCAGAGUGCAGUAUUUGGACAAUCAGGGUCUUCACACUGGAGGCCAUCUCUGCCUCAGAGGCCGAGCCAGCACCAGAGGCCCAGGAACAGUAACUUAGAUCUGGGUAUUUAUUUUUUCCACUUCCCAUCUUUUCCCUCCAGAUAACUUACACAUUCCCAAGAAGGUCCGGCUCUGUGGGAAGUGUUUAGCACCCUGGCAGUGUUCACCUUUUUCUUUUUAGGUGAUGCUGACAGAAUCAAGUGCCCACCCAGACUUGGGCAGAGUUGGGUAGGGUGAGCCAGCCGUAGGACAGUUGCCUUAUUGGCACUGGGCUAGGCUCUGGCAGCAAAGCUUGUGGAAGACCAGGCCUCCAGGUGGAAGGGUCAGGCCUAGGGCUUGCCCCAUCAGGUUUUGAAGCAAUUUUAGAUUUUUUUUUUAAGUGAGUUUUUUUGUUUGGUUGGUUUUUUUUUUUUUUUUUUUUUUUUUUUUUUUUUUUUAAGCUUUGAAAAUGAUGGUUUGGGUAUUAAAAAAAAUUAAAAAAAAAAAAAAGACACUAAGGCCAGUGAGUUACAGUCUCAGGGUGGGUGGUGUUUCCCCCUUGAGCAAAGCAGCAAGACAUUGAACAGAAUUUCCUGUCUUUGGGGUGUGGGCCAGGAUGUCUUCCCAAUAUGUCCUGACCGUGGUCCAGAAGUGCCGUGCUCUUCUCUCCUGGGGCAGGCUUUUAUUUUUGUUUGCUUUUAAGGUGGUUUUUUUUUUGUUGUUGUUUUUUUUUUUGGUGUCCUGUUUUUUUGUUGUUUUUUUCUCCUCCAUGGGUCUUGGCAGGCACCCUUUUCAUGGCUGUCAGCCAAAAGGAAGGCUCUGGAGCUGCCAAGAAAGGGGGAGACUUAGGCUGGCUAAUUCCCAGAUGAACGGUGCUCCAUUCCCCUCCCUACCCCCACAAUGCCCCUCCACACACACAGUGUUAAGGAGCCCAGAGCAGCUGCUUCCCCUCCCCCAACUCUGUCCCCACAUCAUGGGUUUGCUCAGUGCCACCCCUCACCUCUUCUGCUUACAUUAGCUCUGUCACCAUCUGGUCCAUCGUGAAGAGCUGACAUUUAGAGGCAGAUUGGGCAUGAGAGGUCAGCACUGGGAGGGCAGGCUCCCCAGUUUUAGGGUUCCAGGACAGUUUGUACUGGGCACCUGGUUUGCACACAGUACAGUUUAGCGUCUAGUGGCGGUAAGCCACUCUGCUUUAGAUCAAUCACUAGGGUCCCCACUUAGAAGGGUCCUCGCCUUAGAUCAAUCACAUGGACACUAAGGCACGUUUUAGCGUCUCUUGUCUUAAUGAUUAUGUCUGUCUCUCCGUCCAUUUGUGUUUUCUGCGUCGUGUCAUGGAUGUAACCCUUGGAAAUACUGCACACUAGCCUUUGACAACCAUGAAGCAAUCCGUUACACGUGGGUCUGACUUGUAGACUCAGUUCAGAUAUCAAAUAAAUCUAUAACACAGUU